UUAGCAGAAUUGGCCACCAGGAGUAAAAAAAGAAGAACAUAACUACUGUCAGUUUAUAGAGUGGUUAUGGCGACUGCAGCGAUUAGGCCAGAGAGCGCGCCAGAACACUGUCCGGGUACGGGAAGCGAGGACGCGGGAAAAGCGUCGGCCUGCGCGGGCUGCCCGAACCAACAGAUAUGCUCGACGGCGGGGCCCAAAGGCCCGGAUCCCGGCAUCGAGGUGGUGCGCGAACGCCUCGAAUCGGUGCGUAACAAAAUCUUGGUGCUUUCCGGCAAAGGGGGCGUGGGCAAGAGCACCGUCACGGCGCUCCUUGGCAGAGCCCUGGCCGCCGCGGACCGGGAGAAAAACGUGGCGGUGCUAGACAUAGACAUCUGCGGCCCAUCCCAGCCGAGAGUCAUGGGCGUGGCGGACGAGCAGGUGCAUCAGUCCGGGUCCGGUUGGUCCCCCGUGUACGUCGACGACAACCUGUCCCUGAUGUCGAUCGGGUUUCUUUUGUCGUCGCCAGACGACGCGAUCAUAUGGCGCGGUCCGAAAAAAAACGGCAUGAUCCGGCAGUUCCUCAGCGAGGUAGACUGGGGCCAGCUCGACUAUUUGAUCAUCGACACGCCCCCAGGCACGUCGGACGAGCACCUCUCCGUUGUCACUUACUUGUCGCGCGCGUCGCUCGCCGGCGCCGUGAUAGUGACCACGCCCCAGGAGGUGGCGCUGCUCGACGUCCGCAAAGAGAUCGAUUUUUGCAAAAAGGUCAAAGUCGAGGUGCUAGGCGUGGUCGAGAACAUGGCGUCGUUCGUGUGCCCGUGCUGCGGCGCCGAGACGGAGAUCUUCCCGGCGGACACGGGAGGCGCGCGACGCAUGUGCGAAGAAUUGGACAUCCCGUUUUUGGGGAGUCUCCCUCUGGACCCCAAGGUCGCGAGGUGCUGCGACGAGGGAGGGGACUUUGUCGCCGACCUGCCCGACUCUCCCGUCGUGCUCGCGUUGGGGGAUAUAAUGAAAAAGCUCGCCGAGAGGUUGGAGUGAGAGUUGGAAAGACCCGGCCACCGGAUCUGCGGUUACUUAAUAAAAGAUUUAUGUUU